CGCCGGUAGAAACGAAUACACUUCGUAAAAGUAGGUUUUCAAAAGUUAGCAAUUUUAUUUAUGUAUAUAACAUUAAGAGGGUUUUAUCUUAAUAUCAUUAAUUUUGUUAAGGUAUAUCCUGGAGAUAAAAUUAAAGCAAUCUGGAAAUGGAAGCUAGAAAAUGUGUAUAAUAUAAAAAAAUUUUAAACAAUGUAAUAUGAUCUAUUAUACGUGAACGGUUAACGUUUUCUUGGCACAUAAGUAAAUGGAAUAAAAAUAGAAAAAAUACUGAAAAAUAUUUUUUUAAGUUUGAAUAUUCAUGUCGCAAAAAUAUGCUGUGCGAGGUGAGGUAUACAAGCCGCAUAAAAGCCAAAUUUGAAAACGGGAUAAGUAAGCGAUUAAUAUUUAUAAUGACCACAUUCAAUGUGUAGAAUAAAUAAAAAGGUGGUGAUUUGAAGCUGACAACAAUUUUCUGUUUACUGAUGUCCUUGAUCACAACAUACCAACUAAAUAUUUGUACAAUGAUAUGUACAUGAAUUUCAGAAUGUUAUCAAUGGAUUGCGCCGAAAUAUUAGGUCUCCAUUUCAAACCAACUUGUGUCACAUUGCAAUGUAAUGAAAAAAGAAAUACCAACCAUCAAGUUAUAAUAACGAGAGGAGCUGCUACGUCGACGAUUAAAACCUUUUCUAUAGAGAAUCUAGGAGAAGCUUUCUAUAAGAAUUUAGAGACCGUUGUACGUCAUCCUAAUUUUAAAUUAAGAAGACUCCAAUCAAAACUGUCUUCUGUCGCUGACACGUGCUCGAUACAAUCACCCAAUAACGGCAGUUUGGGUAGUGCUGAACCGAGUAUAUGUACUUCCAGAUCGAGCAUAUAUUCUUCCAAUGUGACGUUAUUUACAAAUAGUGUGCCUUUAACAUCAAGGGCAAAUACUACUUUAUCAUCAUAUUAUGUAUCAAAUAAGUCGUUAUUGUCACCUUCAAAAUUAGAAAGUUCCAGCCAGAAAAUGUUGGUUAUCAAAAUUAUAGAAAUUAUAAAGAAAAUAUUGCUCAUAAAAAUUUUGACCAGAAUAACAUCGACAGAAGGAUCUUAUGUAUUGAAUUCAUCGAAAGCGCCAUUAAAUUUCCUAAUAAUGAAAGUACGCAAAGUAUUAAUUGCUUUUGCGAUUUUUACUUUUGUAUUUCACUUUGAUGUUGUUUUAGCCGAUCAAGUUAUUCUGCUGGAUACGACAAGAGAAGCUACUUUGGAGUGGACUCGGUAUCCUUAUGGACCGCAAGCUCAAACACCGGGGUGGGUUGAGGAAUCAUUUACAGAUUUUGUAAAGGGUAUAAAUUGGCGAAGCUAUGUCGUUUGCGAUGUUGCAUAUAACAAUGUCAAUAAUUGGUUAUGGUCUCCUUUUAUCGACCGAGGACCUGCAAACAGAUUAUACAUUGAAAUUAAGUUUACUAUACGUGAUUGUUCCCUAUUUCCAGGAAAUGCACUCUCCUGUAAAGAAACGUUUAGCCUUUUAUUCUAUGAAUUUGAUGCUGCUACUCGAGAACCUCCGCCCUGGCAAACCGAUAGUUAUAAGUUGAUCGCACGUAUAGCUGCAGGAGAAGGCCGCUUCAAUCAAAAUUCUGACGUUGAUAUAAACACUGAAGUCAAAAGUAUUGCCGUAACAAAGAAAGGUGUUUACUUUGCAUUCCGUGAUCAAGGAGCCUGCAUAAGUGUGUUAGCAGUAAAGGUUUACUAUAUCACUUGUCCUGCAGUAACGGAAAAUUUUGCUCAUUUCAAUGAAACACCAACGGGAAGAGAAAUUACUAUAAUUGAAAAACAAAAUGGCUCCUGUAUUGAAAAUGCGGAACCAUAUGAGACACCUACAUACUUGUGUAAAGGUGAUGGCAAAUGGACAAUUCUAACUGGAGGCUGCCAAUGCAAGGUUGGAUAUGAGCCAGAUUUCAUAAAUAAAACCUGUAAUGAAUGUCCGAUAGGGAAAUUUCGUUCAAAAGAUGUUAAUAAAUGUGUACCAUGCCCACCUAAUUCAAAUGCGCUAAAUCUAGCAGCAGGAUUUUGUAAAUGCCUUCCUGGUUAUUAUCGACAUCCACACGAUGGAAAGCACAUGCCUUGCUAUAAACCGCCCGGACCUCCCACGAAUUUAACUUUGUUAUUUGUGGACCAAACAAGUGCAAUUCUAUCUUGGAAUGUGCCCAUAAGGGAGUUAUUAGAAUCAUCAUUUUCUUUGAAAAAAACUAAAUAUCGCAGUGAAAUUGUGUAUAAAGUACGAUGUCUGUCCUGCUCCUCCAACGUUGUGUUCAAUCCAGCAUCAGAUUCAUUUAAUGAAACCAAAUUAACCUUAACUAAUUUGGAACCAGUAACAACGUACACAAUUCAAAUACAUUCUCUGAACGGUAUUUCAAGCCUGAUGGAAGCGGACAAUAAUUACAACGAUUCUUCUGAAGAUAAUAAAAAUACCGCCCAAUUUGGAUCUUUCAAUGCUACACUUGAAAAUCCCUUAAUGUCUACUAAUGUAAAAUCAUCGGUUAGUUUAGUUAAAAAUCAGGCUUUCGAUCUAAAUCAAAUAAAAACUGAAUAUGCCGAAAUUACAUUCAAGACAGAGUCUGCAAUCCUGUCCACUGUAUUUAAUGUUCACGUUGUUGCGACCACAAGUAGGGAAGUAGAUUUGGUAUGGGACAAAUCUGUGCAAAGUGAUUAUCCUAUUGAAUUUUAUGAGGUGCGUUGGUUUCCCAAACCGGAGCUGGAUUCAGUUAAUAAAACUGUAUUCAAUACAAAGGAAACUAGAGCUCAUAUCGAAGGACUCACUGAAAAUACGGAAUAUGGGUUUCAAGUUCGGUGCAAAACAUUGAAUGGAUACGGCACUUACAGUAACAUUGUUUAUGCUCAAACACACCAGAGCAUGAAUUCAGGGUACGAUGACUCUAUACAUAUGCGAAUUGUUGCUGGUGCUACUGUUGCUCUUGUUUUUAUAUUAGUACUAGUGAUUGUUGCAACAGUUUUGUUCUUGCGGUCUAAAAAUCAAGAUGAACUUGACAAAAAGUCGAGCAAUCACUUGCCAUUGCCUCUGGAUUACGCUAGCAAUGAAGUUCAUGCCAUGGAUACUACGCCAAUCGUUAAAACCAUUCAAUCAAAUGUGACUACGCCUUUAUUUGGAAAUAGUCGGAGUUAUGUCGACCCUCAUACAUAUGAAGAUCCUAACCAAGCCAUCCGUGAAUUCGCACGGGAAAUCGAUGCAAAUUAUAUAACAAUUGAAGCUAUAAUAGGCGGAGGUGAGUUUGGGGAUGUGUGUCGUGGACGUUUAAAAAUUCCCCCUAAUUUUGUUCAAGAUAUUGAUGUUGCAAUAAAAACUCUAAAACCAGGUUCGUCUGAAAAAGCGCGUUGUGACUUUUUAACAGAGGCAUCGAUAAUGGGUCAAUUUGAUCAUCCCAACGUUAUAUAUCUUCAAGGAGUGGUAACUCGUUCUAACCCCGUUAUGAUUAUUACUGAAUAUAUGGAAAAUGGCAGCCUUGAUACGUUUUUACGAGUCAACGAUGGAAAAUUUCAAACAUUGCAGCUAAUUGUCAUGUUACGUGGUAUAGCCAGUGGUAUGUCUUAUCUAAGUGACAUGAAUUAUGUCCAUCGUGACUUAGCAGCUCGAAAUGUUCUUGUGAAUGCUCAACUUAUAUGUAAAAUAGCUGAUUUUGGAUUAUCUCGUGAGAUAGAAAAUGCUAGUGACGCAUACACAACUCGGGGUGGUAAAAUACCAGUUCGUUGGACAGCGCCGGAAGCUAUAGCUUUUCGUAAGUUUACAUCGGCAUCAGAUGUAUGGUCGUAUGGUGUGGUUUUAUGGGAAGUUAUGUCGUAUGGCGAACGACCUUAUUGGAACUGGUCAAACCAGGAUGUCAUAAAGAGUAUAGAAAAAGGUUACAGACUUCCGGCCCCUAUGGAUUGUCCUGAAGCAUUGUAUCAGUUAAUGCUUGAUUGCUGGCAAAAGCAACGUACUCACCGACCUACGUUUUCAAGUAUAGUAUCAACAUUGGAUAAUUUAGCCCGACAACCGCAAGCACUGCUAACAACGAGAAAUUCGCCCGAAAAUGAUGGAUCACAUAUUUUAGAGGGACAACGUGGUCACAACAUUUUUAUUAGUACAGACUUAUGGUUGGAAAACAUUAAAAUGUCCCGCUAUUCACAGCAUUUUAAUGAGGCUAAUUUGGUGACUGCCCAACAGAUAUCUCGGUUAACGGCUCAACAAUUAUCUGACAUGGGUAUAACCUUAGUCGGGCAUCAAAAAAAGAUUUUACAUCAGGCCAGACAAUUGGAUACUAUAAUUUAGGAUUAAAGAGCAUUUGAAGAUGCAUUCAGUGUAUAUACAGCAUCACUAUUAUUAAAAGUUCGUUCAAAGUAAUAAGUAUUAUAUCAGAAAAUGUCCCCAUAAACAUAAGACAUUCGUUCCAAUUAUUAUAUUUCUUUUUUAUAUAAUGCGUAAAUAUGCAUAACCCACUACAUAAAUAUAUAUAUUAGAAAUAUUUGUUCACAAAGCUUAGUUUUUAGAAAAUUUGAACUUUCACUCCGAGUUUUCUCAAUGACUGUAAUAUAAAAAAAUUUAUGUUUUUUUAAUUUGCUUACAUUAAGAAUUGCACCCCUUAUUUAAAACCGAAUUUUGGUUAUUAUAGAAACUAUGUAAUCAUGUGUAAAUAUUCGAAUAAUACAGUUAAAAUAUUGGUAAUAUUAAAACGAAUUAUUUAGAGGGUAAAGAUUUGCUGUUAGGGAACAAUUCUAAUUAGUUUUCUUGUUACUAUACGACUAACAUCUUUUAUUGGUUUCGCUCUAAAUCUAUUCGAAACAUUUUUUGUAAAGACUGUGUUAUCAUAUGAAAUACGGCUAAUAUUUUGUAGUGAGAAAUUAAUCUAUUUUAUUUCUUGAGAAGAGGUCAAUUUGAGUUUUAUCGAAAUAAACUUUACCAAACUGCUUUGAUAAGUUUAACAUUCCUAUUCCCAGUCACUAAUCAGUAAAAUACUGUUUUGCAUAACACCUGAUAUCGGUAUUGAGGUACAUUUGUUCUAAAUUUUUUUUCUCGAAUUUGUAUAAAAUUUACAAUGAUAUUCGAAUUCAGUGCGACGAUGUAAACACAACUAUAAGAGAACUAAGCCUUAUUAAAGAACCGAAUGUUAGUAAUCAAAAGACGAUUACUGGUUUGCUUGCGAAUUAGUCAUUAAAUUCGUAUACCUUCGCGCAGAUUUUCUAUUGUUCAGAACGCUAAGAAUAUAAGUGUGAAUAUAAAUUCUAUUUCACAUAUUUAUUAACAUGCAAACAAACAUAUUUUAUGAAACUUGAUCGUCAUUGUUGCUGUUGGUCAUGUAAUACAAAACACAAAUUGAAACCGUUGACGGAGUAACUUGAAUACAUUAGCCUCAAGCAUGUUGUUGUUGUUUUAGCGGUUAGCUAAUCCCCGUUAGGAUGGUAAGGGUUGUUUGUGUUGUCGUCGAGGUCAUCUAACGGUAGGCCCAAGAAACGUGCUGUUUCGGCGGGGUCGGACCAAAGGGAAGAGGGUGUUAGAUGGGUAGGGUUUGUGGGGCAUGCAAAGAGGUGGCCAGUGUCAUGCGGAGACUCGUUGCAUGCAGGACAUACAUUGGGUAUGUCGGGGUCGAUUCUGGAUAAGUAGGAGUUUAACCUGCUACAGUAUCCAGAACGAAGUUGCGCUAGGGUCACUCGCGUUGCUCGCGGCAACUGGAGCUCUUCGUCUGCAAUAGGUGGUGGUUUGACUCCAAGAACGCCAUUCACGGGAAGGGAGUCGGUGAAGGUGUUGAUGGCUCCACUGUGAAUGGCGGUCAGUGCCUGUCGAAAGUUAGUUGCGUCCGAAGUCUGGUCGGCGUACUGUUCAAUGUCGUCGACAUAGUCGAGGAAUGACCUCUUGAUGCUCCUGGGAGGCGGUUCCGCUCCAAGCAGAUGGCUGCAGGGGUGAUUCCUACGGAAACAACCAAGCAGGAACUGCCUGGAGAGGAGUUGAUUAUGCUCCUUUACAGGAAGCAUGCGCGUCUCAUUAUGGAGGUGUUCAACGGGAGACAUCAAGAGGCAUCCCGUCGUGGUCCGGAGUGCUGUAUUCUGACAGGUCUGAAGUUUCCUCAUCUGCGUACCACUGCAUCCAGGCGACCAUAUUGGUGCUGCGUAGUUGAGGACCGGCCGGCCGAUUGCCUUGUAUGUUGCCAACAACGUUUCUUUGUCUUUUCCCCAUGUGCUGCCGGCUAGCGACUUGAGAAUUUUGUUGCGGCUCUGUACCUUGGCGAUAAUCGCGGUCGUAUGGGGAGAGAAGGAGCAUAGACUAUCGAAGGUUACGCCUAAAAUCUUAGGGUUAUUGACAGUCGGAAUUUUGACGCCAUCGACUGCAAUAUUAAGUUCAAGUCUAUACUCCUUCGUCCAGUUUGUGAAUAUAGUCGCUGUGGAUUUGGUGGGUGAAAGUUGGAGGUUUCGUGCAGUGAGGAAAUGAGAAAGGUCGGAGAGGUAGCUGUUUACUUUCGAACACAUGCCAUCGAUUCCAUUGCCCGACGUCAAUAUCGUGCAGUCAUCUGCGUACGAGGUUAUGGAGACCCCCUCUGGUGGUUGAGGGAGUUUCGAGAUAUAGAAAUUAAACAGUUGCGGGGAGAGGACACCACCCUGCGGAACCCCCUGUUUAAUUCUUCUAAGUUUAGAUGUUUCACCUCGAAAUAGUACGGAUGACCGACGACCGUUCAGAUAGUUCAUGGUCCACCUAAUAAGCCCUGGAGGGAGAGUGGUUUUUUCAAUGUCCUGCAGUAGCGUUGUGUGAUUGACCGUGUCAAAAGCUUUUGACAGGUCCAACGCUACGAGGAUCGUUCUUUCGCAGGGUGGUUUCUGGUUGAGGCCACAAACUAUCUGGGCGUUUAUGACGCUAAGUGCUGUAGUGGUGCUGUGCACUUUGCGGAAACCAUGCUGGUGGCUGGCUAGGCUCAGGUGGUGAGUGAAGGUCGGGAGUAACAAGGCCUCUAGUGUCUUCACUACUGGGGAGAGGAGAGUUAUCGGUCGAUAAGAUUCCCCUUUGUUGGCGGGUUUCCCAGAUUUCAGUAGUGGGACCACUCUUCCGACUUUCCACACAUCGGGUAUUUGAAGAGUGGUGAGCGACAGGUUGAGGACCUUGGUGAGAUAUUUUACUCCCGUCGAGCCUAGAUGCUUUAACAUUAGCAUAUUGAUUCCGUCUGGGCCGAUGGAUCUGGAGGAUUUUGCCUUGUUGAUGACACCCUGAACCUCCUCAUCGGUGAAAGUAAGUGGCGCGAAGUUGUUUGGCAUUUUGCGCAGUCUUCGGUUAACACAUCUCUUGGCCUUGUCUACCGAAGGGUGCAGUGUAAACUGCCGGCUAAAGUAGCUCGCGCACUUCUUCGGGUCCGAAGAGGCAUGACCAUUGAAUUGAACUUCAACUCGGUCGUCAUGUCUCUUCGGAUUAGACAAAGCUUUGACAGUAGCCCAAAGCUUACUCACACCGGUGGAGAGGUUGCAGGACUUCAGGUGCUCUAUCCAUUUCGUCCGCUUAUGUUGAUUUACCAUUUGCCGAAUCUCCAAAUUGAGAUCCCUUAUUCGGGGAUCCCCGGGAUCGGCAUGGCGUAAGGUGUCGCGCUCAUUAGCUAGAACUGCUGCUUCGGCUGGGAAAUUGGGGCGGAUUUCCGCUAUUCUUCCAGCCGGGAUGAAGCGAGCGGUAGCUGCUGCGAUCACCUUGCGGAAUUGACGCUUGCCAACGCAUACGUCCGUAGGAAUGGGUAGAGCGUUGAAGGUGCUCUCGGUAAAUUGUGUGAAGACGACCCAAUUAGCUUUUUUAAAGUUAAUGAAGGUGCGGUUGUCCACAGAAACGAAAUCAGGAGGCUUCUCGAUCGAGAUAAUUAUGGGCAGAUGGUCUGAUGCGAGGGUUAGUAUAGGUCGCCAGGUUAUGCUAUUUAUCAGACCACCGCUAGCAAUGGUAAUAUCUGGCGAGCUAUUACAGGUGCCCGUAACACUGGUGGGGGCUUCGUCAUUCAUUGUGUAGAAUGUCGAAUCGUCAAUCUAUUCCGCCAGCUCCAUCCCCCUACGAUCAUUUGACAGGCAGGAAUGCCAAAGAUCGUGGUGCGCGUUAAAGUCGCCUAGUACCAUACGGUUUUCACCACGAAGUAGCGCACCUAUAUUCGGGUGAUAUCCUGUAGGGCAACAUGUAACUGGGGGGAUGUAUAUAUUAAAUAUUUCGAGCUCGACAUCGCCUGACCGGAUAGCUAUGCCCUGACAUUCUAGGGUAGUAUCCCUGGGGUCGAUGUCUUCUUCGAUUAAACGAUACUGCACGGUGUUGUGCAAUAUGAAGGCUAGGCCACCACCACUAUCUCGCUCGCGAUCUUUACGUAUAACGUUGAAACCUGCACAACUCAGAAGAUCUGAGCGGCUGUUUAACUUGGUUUCUUGGACCGCAGCUAUCGAUACACGUUCCCAAUUCAUAAGUGCAACUAUCUCCUCGAUCUUGCUCUGGAGUCCGUUGCAGUUAAAUUGAAGGAGUCGGGUUUGUCGCGGGUGUCCGUGGGUGAUCCUGGGGGUGAGGGAGUGUCGUGUUGGUGGUGUUUGUUGCAGCUGCAGAACCCGCAGGGGCGGUUGUCGCACUGGGGUGUUGGAUGGCGACGCCACUGUCCUGUGUUGCGGGGGCAGACUCCUGCAGCAUGGGGCAACGUAGGAUUCACUCCACUCACGUGUGGUGCGCAGGCCGGAACACGUCGUGAAGUGACACCAACCAGCGCAGGAAUUGCACUUGACUGAUAUGACAUUCCGACGUAUGACGGUCUGACACACGGAACAGACUGUGCGAGGAACCAAGAGUUGCUGAUUGGUUCUCGCACGAGGAUUGGAGCGGGAUGAAGGUUGGGGGGAGGGACAAGUCAGAGUGGGAGCUAUGUUGCCUGAUUGAGCUCCUGACCGUAGAGGUCCUCAGUUGGCCACUCUGGUUGAGUGGCGGCGCGGAGCGCGAACUAUGUGCAGAUUGCACAGCCGUAGAGGCUUGUAUCGCAGUAUUGCGCAGGCAACAUGGGGCCACGUAACGCGUGGUCCACUCCCUGUGGGUCUUAAGGCCUGAACAGGUCUUAAGAUGGCUCCAUCCAUUGCAUGUGUUACACCUGACCGAGGUGGAGUUUGGAUGGAGCCUUUUUGCGCAGACGCAGCAGAAAAAUUCCUCCGGGCCCGGGUUGGACUCAAUGCCAGCACGAGUCAGGAGGAUACGGAGCAACCCUGCUGCAAGGCGUUGCUCCAAUGACGACAAACACAAAUUAAUACUCACCGAUUCAAACGGGAUUAGAUCGCCGAAACAACAGCCCUUGGUCGGAUAAAAUCCGAGUCAAUUCCGGUGCGUAGAACCGGCUGUCUUGGGAAGCAAGCAUCUCUCUCCUCGCUAUCGCCAUAUAAAUAGGUUAUAAACAGUUUUAAUUUCUAAAAGUUAAUAAAUUCUACUGUUGUUUCUCUUGUAAUGCCAUAAAUCAUAACUUUUGAAACCGUUGAUAGUGUAACAGAACGCACACUUGAAACAUCUGAAGUGUGAGGUCGUUUUAUUAUAUAAUAAACAUAACGGUAAAUGCUGUAAACUACAACAUUCCUUAAUUUUUUUGGACGCAAUAUAAAAGAAUAAUUGGUAGCGCAGAUAAUUUUUAUGUUCACAAUUGGUAUGUGAUCCUGCCUGAAGAAUCUCUCAUAUAUCGGUUGAUAGCCACGUUAGAAUCACUUGGAAAUCUCCCGAGUUGACAGUUCUUUAACGUGUAGCAAUUCUCGUUCGUUCCGAUUAGGUAAAUUCGAUUGUGUGGAAACAGACAGUUUUAGUACUACUUUGUAUUGUAUAUGUACAUAAAUUUUUUCCAAUUCAUCUUAAUUAACUUCAAUAUUAUUGACUCAAUAUUUCCAACUCAAAUCAAACUUCAAAAAGUUAGUCGAUAUUUUUUCGUGUACUCAAUUUGUUAAUUUUGAUCAUAUUUUAGUUCUCUUAUAUAUCUUUUUUUUGUCAAACAUCAAAAAGAAAACGCAUUGUAUCAACCUACAUUACAUAGUAAUAGGAAAAAAAAUUUUUUCCUACUCUAAUGUACAUAUAAAUAUCUAUCUAUACACAUAGGCGGUAUUCAGUUUUGCAUGUUCACUUGUUAAUGUAAUGUAAAAUUGUUCAAUCAAAUUGUGAUAUAAAUCAUUUUAUUUUGUGAAUGGAACAAACUUUUUCUAAUAAGUGUUGUAGCUGUUCAUCUGAAUACUUCGUAACUACAUCGGCUUUGGCAGGCACGAGUUCGAAAAGGUAAACUGCCUUUGUAUCAUAAUUCGUAUUAAAUCUUCCUUGAAAAAGUUUGACAUAACAAAUUAAUAAAUUAAGAUACACAUAAAUUAAAUUGAUGUUAAGAAGCUAUUAUGUUGCUUAAACAAUUGAGAUUUAGUGUGUUAAACAAGAUUUCAUAAUUUUUUUUUUAAUUUAUUAUUAUUAUUUUUUUAUUUUUAUUUUAUUUUAUUAAAGCUUACAUAAUAAACAAAUUAUUAUAUAAACUAAAGUACGCAGCGCUAGCAUCAUAGGCUUUCGGCUGAUUUCAUAAUUUAUUUUCAUAUAUUUAAAAGAAAACACUGCGGUUUGAUAUAAUUUAAUUAUUUUUGACAAUUUGACCUGGUAGAAGGAUUAUGUGGGCUAAUUUAAAAAUAAUAAUUAAUAAAACUACCAUUUAUAAGAAUUAGUUACAUAAACACUUCACUAUUUUAUUCCAAGCAUAUGAAACCCCGCUAUGAAAAUCAAAAGUUAAACACAUAACAAAUAAAACUUAGAAGUCAAACAUUUAUUUUUUUUGGAAUUAAUGAAGGAAAUAUUUGCAAUAUCGACAAACUUGAAGAAAGGGGAAGGAGUAUUAAAAAGCAAUAUUUGAGUAUAGUAAAUUGAAUCGUUAAUUAUAACUGUACCCCCGUUUGAAUAUUUUUACCCCUGUAUUAAUAUGUAUAUGUCAACUUUAGAAAAUAAUAUAUAGUUCUAUAAAUGAAAUCAAGAGGUAUUGUACUCUUGUACUUUAUCGUUAGAUGAUCGAGAACAGAACGAAUAUUGCUAAUAAAAUAUAUAAAAUAAAAGCAAUACAUUUUAUAUCAUAAAGCUAA